UCGCAACCCUACCCCCUCCAUCCACUUUCUAUCCUUCUCCUCCUCUCCUCGGACCCUCCACCGCCACUGAACUAUUUUAUACACCCAACAGCAGGGAAAACUUUUCAAAAUCUAUCCGAGCAGCCCUACGGAAGCCAGCAUAGAAAUUCAUCUCUCUCUCUUACCUCUUCACUCUUUGAUGAGGAUAUUAUUUUAAUAUAUCAUCUUCUAACCACCGACUCUAUAAGUAUUAAUUGAACAAUUAACUAAUUUUGAUCAUUAAUCUUUAGAUUGAUUGAAGAAACUAAAUAACGAUGUUUGUUGCUGUUUUCUUUGUCACCUUGCUGGCUUUCGGGGCUUGCCAUGUUAAUCAACUCGCUAAGGUGGGAGCGGGAUCGUGUUUGAGAGCAGGUCUUUGCUGUCCCGGUCGGGACAGUACGUGUGUGGUACAGAAUGCACCUUUGAAUGCUAUUAUCGAGGACUUGAGCGAUAAGCCAUGUUAUUGUGACCACGCCUGCUUGAAAGUCGGAGACUGCUGUCAUGAUUUUAAAGAGGCUUGCGAAGUUAUCGAUUGUGAAGUGUCCGGUUGGGGACCAUGGUCAGCCUGCAGUUCUGAUUGUGGCUCUGGUACAAUGGUGCGAGAACGGAACAUUCUUCGAGCUCCUAGAAAUGGUGGAACUCCUUGCCCAGAACAGAUGCAAACAAGAGGUUGUUAUGGCAACCAGUGUGAAGCCAAAUCUAUUGCUAAGGCACGCCGAGAAAUGGCUCUUCUCUUGCCAGGGAAAUUUUCCCAAGCCCGUGCCAUCAAUGACAGUACAGAUAUCAGAAGAAACUUGAGGUUGAAAUAUCCCAAAAAUCCAGCAAAGGAAGGCAGCAAAGAGUAUUGCGUUAUGUUCGAAGUUACGAAAGUAAGAAAAGCCUGUGAAAGCAUUACAAAUGAUGAUGUCUCAACACUCCUUGUCAAGGGCGCUCAUCUCUGCAUUAGCUGUGAAGACGCUGCUAUGAGAGGACACCUUGGUUACAGAUGCAACGGGCAUGGCGUGGACCACAAACCUACCAGGUGGACAUACGUCGCUAAUCCUCGAUGCAAUGGACGCUGGACAAGGCUGGAAGUUACUGACCGGUGCAAAAAUGGAAAACCCGAUUUCAUUUUUGUUUAAGGAAGACUUUAAA